UGUUCGAGAAUAUGGCGUGUGUUGGGUGGAUGUUUGGUUAAUUGCACAAGAUUUACUCACAUCUUCUUGUCAAGGAAAGAAAUUUUUCGCUAUGGCUAGCGGCAGUAGUAGUAGUUCCAGGUCUGAAUUCAUAGUUGGAGGCAAAUACCGCCUUAUUCGCAAGAUUGGAAGCGGUUCUUUUGGCGAUAUAUACUUGGCAGUGUCCUCGAGCAAUGCGGAGGAAGUCGCCGUGAAGCUCGAGUCUCAGAAAGCCCGUCAUCCACAGCUUCUUUACGAGUCAAAGCUGUACAAAAUCCUUCAAGGUGGCGUGGGAAUCCCUAUCGUUCGUUGGUUUGGUCAAGAAAAAGACUAUAAUGUAUUGGUUAUGGAUCUGCUUGGCCCGAGUUUAGAGGACCUCUUCAAUUUCUGUUCGCGUCGCUUCACAAUGAAAACAGUUCUGAUGUUAGCAGACCAAAUGAUUAGUCGAGUUGAAUAUGUACACAACAAGAACUUUAUUCACCGUGAUAUCAAGCCCGAUAAUUUCUUGAUGGGUGUCGGCAGGCACUGCAACAAAUUAUACUUGAUUGAUUUUGGUUUAGCGAAGAAGUACCGCGAUACUCGAACCAAACAGCAUAUAGCUUAUCGCGAGGACAAAAACCUUACUGGAACAGCGCGCUACGCCAGCAUCAAUGCCCAUCUUGGCAUCGAACAGUCGAGAAGAGACGACAUGGAAUCACUUGGUUAUGUACUGAUGUACUUCAAUCGAAGCAGUCUGCCAUGGCAAGGCUUAAAGGCAGCCACUAAGAAGCAAAAAUAUGAGAAAAUUAGCGAGAAAAAGAUGUCCACCCCUGUCGAAGUCCUUUGCAAAGGUUUCCCAGCCGAGUUCGCGAUGUACCUCAACUACUGCCGUGGACUUCGCUUUGAAGAGAACCCAGAUUACAUGUACCUCCGUCAGUUGUUCAGGAUUUUAUUUCGGACUUUGAAUUACCAGUACGACUACAUUUUCGACUGGACAAUGUUGAAACAGAAAGCUGCUACCGCGCAAGCCACGGCAGCCACUGCGACAACAACGGGUGGAGUACCUUUCACUCCCGCGAAGAAAGCAGAUCAUUCACACGGUGCUUGUCACCAUCCGAAAGCUAAAGGCAACGUCUACGAUAUGUACGAGUAUUGAACUCAAACUCUGUACACCAUAAAGCACUGAGGACUAAUUUUCAAGUCCAAGAAACGCUGUGAAUCAUGAAAGAUUUCGCGUCGAAAGAACGCAAGAUCUAAGCGUGGCGCGUGAUAUGCAUUUAAGUAAUGUCCUCGCCGUCGACUGAAAACAGUUUUUAAACUACAAUCUUCGACACAUUUUGUUUCCAUUUAAUUUAUUUAACACACUACUGAAGUCUUCAGCUCAUUAGGGUUUUUUUUCGAGAAGCGUAAAAUGGACGUUUUUUGGCGAAGAUCUAUUCUCGCUCGCGAGAAAAUGUUACAGUUUUUUUUGUUGAGAACAACAAAAUUAUUUUGCUCAUGCGCGCAAGGAGAGCGAGUGAACAAUACCCAAUUCAAUUCGGUAAACAAUACAUCUUGGUAUUUUUUAUCCAGAUCUACCGCAUGUGCGAUUUCAAAUAUGUGUAAUUUCUCUCUUAAAGUAAUUAUAAUAUUUGUGGUGUAUGAUCAAAGGCUCUGAUUUGGACAUUUGUAAUUCACUUUGUAAAGUGAGCUACAAAACAUGACAACAUAUUUUCUGCUUGGGCUAAAUUAGUAUGUAAAUAUAAUGAUAAUAAUUGUUAUUCGCUUGCUUUUGUUUAUGGUUUGUGUUAAUAAAAAGUAAUAUAUCCCAUCACAAGAAUAUUUUUAAGACUUUUAACUGUUCAAUUUGUAUUCACUUUUUAGGUCUCAGUGUGCAGUUAAAUAUAUAGAGGUUUCCUGAAUAAAUGUG